AUGUUGCGCCACGCCAGCGGACACGUACAAUGGAGGCUCGGCAAUCUGCCCAAGUCUGUUGGGGUAUGGAAGAAAGAGCGCUUCUCUGUUAUGGGAUGGCUGCAAGAGCCGCUGCUCGCUUCCGUCUCCCAUGUUGCGCUUGGGCAAGUCUUCGAGUCGACUGAUUCUCCAGCUCCAGCAGCGUCUCCUCUAUUCGGACCAAGUCUCAAACAUAUCUGUGUCCUGAGCCCCGUCAAAGGUCCCAACGAAUACAAGCACCCCAGCCGCCUCUGGUCGCCCCUGCAGCGCGAGUUACUCGAGAGCUUUGUCCGACACGCGCCGUCUUUCGCUGCUGGGUCUACCAAGGACGGAUCAACUUCCCUUACACUGCAUAACGCUGUACCUGGCAGUAUCAGCAAGUCAUUGGCCGACACUAUGAGGUAUGACAUGCCGAGGAAAGACGCGUGGCGCAGGUGGAAACUGCAAAUACUCCACACUGCGCCAGUGAUGAGCAAGUAUAUUCUCGCUCUGAGAGAUGCUGUGGCUCUGGGUAAGCUCGGACCUGAUGGUGAUUGGGCACCCCGCAAGAAACCGUGGAGGCUUUGCUUUACAAACAUCGCUCCCCAUCCCUCUCGCCUCGAUAUUCCUCAGAUGCUAAUCGACGAUUUCACUCGAAAGACCCAGUUGGUCUUGAGCGAUCUGUGCAUGGCUGCGUUCAGAAAAUGGUUUUGGGAGACGGUGAGCUUUGAGGGUCCCGGUGCUUGCGAAUGUUGUGGUGGUGUGUCUCAAGAGCGAGUGCAGUCUGCUCCUCAACCUCUUGAGCUAUACAUCAACAAGCCGCCGAGGGACAAUAGGCAAAAGAACAACCAGCAAAAGAACAAUAAGCGGAAAAACAAGCAGAGCAAACCCAAGAAGAAGAGAAAGAAUGCAAAGGACAUGAAAUGGAAAGAACAAGCGACGAAGGGCUGGAAGGUGUGUCACAAUCACUGGGUCGUCCGCCGACUGUGCUAA